AUGCAGUCUGUAGACUUGGCGCUGGCACCGUGGGGUAAAAUACAUCGCAAAAUUUCCGAUAGAAAGUUGGUAUAUUUACGAGAUAGAGAUGCACUCUGGGAACGCAAACAAACUAACCUCGAGCUAAGUUUGACACUGAGUCAAGAGAAUUAUUUCCCAAACCUUUUGGCCCACCCGGUAAAUAAAGUGCCCACAAAAGCCCGUGGUCUAUUGCUUAAAAUGAUCAAUAUACUGGUCGAGUCGGGCGUUAAUCUAAUUAGUGAAGAGAGACAUCGUUUGGCGUAUAAAAUAUAUGGCCAUCAUUUGCUAAGCCGGGAGCUAAGGGUUAAUAAUUUACUAGUCAUUAUUGUGCUCAAAACUAUGGAAAAAGCAUCCAAAAAGCAUCCGAACGAUCUACAAAACAGUAUAAUUCAUUUGUCUGUAUCUAUUCCCGUCCCGGAGAAAUCCUCACCCGAAGAGUGCAACUUCGGAAAACCUUUUGGCACAUUGACCUGGUCACUUUUAUAA